AUGUCAAUACCUCAAACUAAGCCAGGAGCGGGUCCAGGAAUUAUUUUGGUUACUGGGCACAAAGGCAGUAGCCACAUCAAUAGUCAAACGUUGGAACGACCAGAUAGACAACCGAGAACUGUUAUAGUACAAGGUUCACACACUUUAGGAAAAGUUAAGAAGGUGAAACCCUCGCAGAGGAACUCCGCCGGCAAUAUAGAUUAUGACAAUAUCAGCACGGAAGCUGAUGAACCACCCAUGUUUAGGUCUAGGAGUAAAACAGUUGGAGAUACUGUAGAUCCGCCAAAACGAUCUGAUCACCACCAUCACGACAGAAUAGAAGCUGGAAUUAAAUCAGAAGGAGAAGAAGAUUCCCAAACUGGAACCAUCAAACCCAAAUCCGGUUUAGGCAAAACGCCGAAUCACUUAACUCUCAGUACCACGUCAACGCUCUCAGCAGGCAGUACAGGUAGUCAAGCACGGCUGAUACAGUCAUCCCAUGCCCCCGAGAACUUUCAUCCGAUGCAUACAGAAGAACUAGGUAAGCAACACGUACAAACCGUGAAAGCAGAAGUCCACAUAGUUAAAACAAGAUCGCCUCAAAGACAAAUUAGUGAUACCAAAAAGGACACCACCAAAAGCGGCGGUAUUAUUAAAAAAGACCCCAGCCCCAAUCAAUCUCGCAAAACCACUCCCAAUCACUCUCGUAAAUCUAGCCCUAAUCAAUCCAGAAAAAGUAGUCCUAAUAAAAAGCGUUCCGAUAGUAUAAGUCCGAAAAACUCGAGGAAAUCCAGUCCUAAGACUCCUAGAAGAUCCCGGGAUAGCAGUCCCAAAGCAGAAAACGGAUAUAAGAGUCCUAAGAAAAUUAAGUCUUCCCUCAAACAGCCGACGAAGUCUCUCAGCAUUGAGACUCCGACUUGCGUCGAGUGUUACUUAUCCGGAAAAGCGGAAAAACCCGGAUAG